AUGUUAGAGAAAACGCCAGUGGUUGGCCUCUCAUGGCAACCACAGUUGCCUUUUCCAUCUCUAUCAAAGGCCACAAAUGAUCCAUGUCAUUGUAGCACUAUUUGGAAACCAAAUUCAGAAUUGGUUAGUGGGCUCUUGGUUCCUCCUAAUGAUCCCAGAAAACUAAAUAACUUAUUGAGACAGCAAGUUAAGGAUACUGCUGGAAAAAGAUGGUUUGACAUGCCUGCUCAAACCAUGACCCCCGAGCUGCAGAGAGAUUUGAAGUUACUAAAGUUGAGGGACGCCAUUGAUCCAAAACGGCACUACAAGAAGGGUGAUUCAAAAUCAAAGACUCUUCCAAAGUACUUUCAGAUAGGAACAGUUGUAGGUUCCCCAAUGGAUUACUUCUCAGGCAGAUUAACAAAGAAAGAGAGAAAAGAAUCGUUUGCAGAUGAGUUGCUUGCUGAUCAAAAAGAUUCAGCUUACAGGAAGCGUAAGGUUCGAGAAAUUGAAGAGCAGAGGCGACCAGCUGGAAAUGAGAAGUGGAAGAUCAAAGGCCAAAGUUCUCUGAAACGUGCAAAAGAAAGGAGGAAGUUCUGA